UAAAAGACGAACAUGUUUGUUGUUAGGACUAAAGUAAUUGUAAUUUUGAUAAGUUGCGCUAUUAGUAUUCUAUUAAUUUCUUCGUACUAUAAAAAUGGAAUUAUAAGAGUAAAGACAUGCAAAAAAUGUCUGUUAAAAUCUGAUGAAAAUUCCAAUAAUCUUGAAGCAAUCACAGAAUCAGUGUACGAUGAAAACUUGCAUUAUUAUUAUAGUUAUGAAAAAGAAAAUAUGAUUUAUGAAAGAGAUAGAUCUGUAACUACAGAAGUUGAAGGGGAUCUGCAAAAUUAUAAAAUCAAAAAUGAGAUCGAAUAUGUAGAUUUUAUGAACAGCAGCGAAAAAAUUGAUUUGAAGCAAAAAAAUCCGAAUAUUAUUAAUUUAAAACAACUUCUUUCUGUGUGUAUCAAAGCAGCUAAAGCAGGAGGUAUGCAACUUCUGUCAGUUCGAAGGAAUUUUGAUUUGAAGAAAAUAUGGAAAAUGAAACCUGCAAAUAGUUCUGAUAAUCCAAUUCAUGUCGGCAGAACACUGUCUCAUCAAGCUAUGACUUAUACUUUAAAGAAAUAUUUUCCAAAUUUGCAGCUUGUUUCUAGAAAGCUUAAUGAGUACGACAUUGACCCUUAUGAUGAAGAUUUUCAACCUCAAAAUGCUUCAGAUAGUCAUUUAGUUCCAACAAAAAAUGUCUUAGUGUGGAUUGAUGCUCUUGAACCUGAAUAUGAAUACCAACAAAAUUAUUUGGAAUAUGUCACAACUGCGGUUUGUGUGGCAGUUAAAGGAAAACCUGUCAUUGGAGUCAUUCAUCAACCAUUUGAAAACUUUACAAAGUGGGGAUGGGUAGGCCAUGGCGAAUCCACUGAUACCUAUCCAGUGGCCUCGGAGCCUGUAGAUGUAAGCGAACCUAUUUCUAUUAUUGUACCUACCAGACGUGCAGCGUUUGUGAAAAUGAAGGCAAGGAUGGCUUUAGGCGUCCAUUUUCAUCUGUUUGCAGUCAAUGGCGCAGGAUAUAGUUUUAUUCAAGUAGCAGAAGAUAAAAUUGAUGGGUAUUUCCAUGCAUUCGACAUAAAGAAAUGGAAAAUCUGUGCUGGUGAUGCAAUAAUUAAAGCUGCCUAUGGCAGGAUGACGACACUGGAUGACAAAGAGAUUGAUUACGGGGACCCUAAUCAUUUUCUUUCCAAGAGAGGCUUUAAGGCAUCGAUUGAAGAUCUCGACCUGUUUGAAGACUUUGAUUCAUUAGAAGCAAUCGACUUUAACUCGUAAUCGCAUGAAAUUACAAAUGUAGACAAAAGAAGAAAAAAAAGAAUCUUAAAAUUAAAUUAUAUUUGGAAAACUGGGGAUAGUUUUCUUUCAUUUAGUUUAUUUUUAUACUGGUGAUACAUAGCAUUUUUUUUUUAAAUGUAAGGUUCUUGUAGAAUUUUCCGAAUUUUUAGAUAACUUCACACCAUCUAUUUUUCUUAAAUAUAUGCAUAAUUAUUCAUUCAAUAUGAUUUUAUUCUAUAAAUAACUUUUGUAAUGUUAAUUCCAACAAAGAUGGUAUUUCGAAUAACUUUUUAACUGUGAAAAAUAUAGGAAUUUAUUGGAAUAAUUAAUAGGAUAUUAAUAGAAUUAAUAGGAAUUUAUUUUUGACCAAUUAACUAUUUAGACCUCUUCGGAAAAUGCGUAUCUAAAUUGUGUCUCCUGAUUAAUUAUUACUCCUGACGAAUAAAUUCAUUAUAACGCAAAUUAUUGUACUUUUUCCAUGACGAGUAUACUCGUCAAAAACAGUUAACUGGUUAAAAGUCUGCCAACUGUAUAUAAUAAAAAUCACACUAUGGCCUGUAUACACGUCGAGUGCAAUACAAUGAUUGUAUAAUAAAUUUUGUGAAAAAAUCACGGUAAAGCGAUUAAAAUUCCAUUUUUAUUAGAAAAAUUAUUAUUUUUUGUUGGAAAAGGCGUUAUUAUUGAAAAUUUAGAAAUUACCAAAAUAUAUUGUCAAAGAAGCAUAUGUAAACUUUGUUGGUGUAGGUGAUAUAAAGUUGGGUAAAUAUUUCCAGAAGAGACAUAUAGGGUGUGAAAUUGUACUUGGUGAAUCAACGUUUACUUUGGUAAUAUUUAAAAAAAAAAAGCAAGGAAAGUGUUUUAGAAAUUUAUAUCAUUGUUCCUAUAGACCGAAAAUUACUAAAGGCCUUCACAGUUAGCAUUUUUUUUUUUUUUUUAACCUUGUUACAAUCAUUAUCUAAGAAUACCCGAUAUGCAAAUAAAAUACAGAGAAAUCUCGAUUUGCAAGUAAAAUAUGGGAAUGCUCAGUGCAUUAGAGAAAAUAUUCAAUUUAUUUUGUAAAAAAGCAAUACAUUGUACAGGGAAUAACUUCUAUUCCAAAGAACUUCAUCUAAUUUUUUUUUAAAAUUUAUUGCAGACUUACUGGUAUUAUGAAAAAUUAUGCCACUAAAUGAGAGUUGUAUUACAUCUUACUGAAAUUUUGAGGUUUUAUUUAGAAAGGUAAUUUUUUAUUUUUAUUUUACAUUGUGUGUAUACAUGUCAACGGCACCAAACUGAAGCUUUAGAUAGAUCUUGAAUACAAUGAUCUUGAAUGCAGUUAUGAUUCACCUAAUAUUGGGCGAAAAUUAGAUAAAUUUUUGGAACCAAUUUUAAUUUUAUAUUUUAGUUUGUCAUUACUUAAAAAGUAGUUAUUAUUAUUAUUGUGAUCAAUCAAAAUUUCAGGUGCGCAUACUCAAUAUGAAGACUUUAUAAAUAAAUAAUCUAAGCUAUAAAUUUUUAUGUGUGGUUCACAAUAUUACAAAAUUUGUGCCAUAUAUAUAUUAGAUAUUACUUUUAUAUUUUUGUAUAGUAUUUCAACAUACAUAUAACCAUUUCAUUUCAUGUUCCCUUUCCCGCUGUUUAUUUCAAUAAUUGUCAUUGCAUCUCCUUAAAAGUUUAUAUAAAAUUAGCUCAUUUUAAGGUUAUUAAUCAUAUGAUUAGUAACCUUAAAAUAUCGACCCUCUAUUAUAUUGUUAUUAAUUAUACGAACAAUAACUAUCUGAGUGUUUUUUUUAACUCCUGUUAGUUAUCCUAUAUAUGGUUAUUUAACAGAAUUCCGUAAUUAACUUUUGACAAAUUUCGAACAAUGUAUAUUAUUGGAGAAUUUUCAAAUAAAUAGAAAUAGAUUAAAUUUAUUUUGCUUUAAGGCAUCUGAUAAACAUGUGUAUCGUGUAGUGAAUUGUUGACAAAGAAAUAAAUUCUGUGUUUUGUUGUUCAUAUUUGCUAAAUCAGAUUGUCUUCAUCAACUGCAUAAUGAGAAAGCAGUCAACUCUAAAUAAAUUAUAAUAUUAUAAUGCAUUUUUAAAGUAUUAAGUAAAUCUUUAAUUUAUAUAGCAAUAAACAAAUAACCAUUUGGAUAAGAAAAUA